AUGCAAUUUACUCCACCUAGAAGUUAUGAAGGUGAUGAGGGUGUUGUGGGUGAGGAAGCUGAUGUGGUUGAGGAAGUUGUUGUGGUUGAGGAAUUUGUUCAAGAUGAGGAGGCUGAGGAUGUUGAUCCUGUUAUCCAAUUUGAUAAUGCUAAUGUUCAGGAGGUUGAUGAGGUUAAUCCUAAUGCCCAAGGUGAUAACGUUAAUGUUCAGGAGGUUGCUCCUAUUAUCCAGGUUCAGCAGGUAAGGGUUAGGCCAAUUUCAGAGAUUUUGAAGAGGAUAAGGAGAAGAAAGUCAGAGAGAAUAUUGAAGUUGAAAUUAGGCAAAACAAUUGGUGGUGUUGAUGAUCCAGGAAAUUCGAAGGGAAAAGCUCUUGUAAUUGAUUAG